GGUGUACGCUCGCUCGCGCGCGCGCGCUCUUUCUCUCUUUCUCUCUUUCUCUGCAAGUAAGGUUACGAGCGAGUUCGUGGCGUUUGUUCGGUCGGAGGAGACGGUUUCGAUAGCGCCCGAGGUAGCGCACGGCCGGGGCCCGCUUUGUCGUGCUUCCCCGCAGCGAACGCUCGACGUACCGCGGUCCUCUGGCCGAGAAGUCGCCGCCCUUCCGACUUCUCUCUCUCUCCCGUGUUUCCGUCCACGAUUCCAGUGCUUGUGGUAUCUUGGGAGGGUCUUCGGGUACUCCAGCUCCGCCCGUGAAUCCCUGGCGGGACGUGGACUUCGUUCGGGCGUGGGACCGAGCCUCGUACACCUGGCGCGCCGCUCGUGAGAUUUACGGAGUGUGCGGUUUUUUUACAAAUAAAUAACGGCAAAACCGUGUAUGUUCUCCGUAAACUUGCGGCGGAGAUUGCUCCGAAUAAUAUUCUUUCGCAUGAUUUAUUUGCCUGGUUUUGUAAGAGUUGAGGGACUGUCGUUAGAGUUUGGAGCAUAAGAGCUUGUGUAUCCUUACCUAUAUAUAAUGAGUAAAGACCAAUCCUCCUCGUCGUCACCCUGGUGGAACAGCAAACGAUUACGUUUGGACAACGGCUGUGAUAACAAUCUUAACGGUGACUCUCGGAAGGACACAAAGUGGUCGUACUCGGGAAACGCCAGUCUCAUAGAGCCUAAAAUCCUGGAAGAUAUGGGCGUCGGUAUGCUGGAAAAUGGAGUAGCAAAUUAUGAAAGUACAAAAAGACUACAAUCCGAAAAAUGUACAAUCCUAUCGAAGAAUCUAGAUGGUAAUAAUAGAUCGAUAAUAGACGAACCUGAUGUCUUUGGAUAUCAAGAGGAGGUUUAUACGAGUUCUAGCUUGGAAAUUGCAAACACAGACAGGAUUCAACAAGAUUCAUAUGAUAUGGACGAUUUAGCCGCACUUGGUACAGAGAAUGAAUCUGGCUAUUCCUCGAGAGUGGAAGCCGAUUAUUUUGGGGAUUUCAAGGAGAGUUUUAUCAAGGAAAAGUUGGAUACUUCCGCUGAGAAAAACGAGCAGACUAGUGUAGAUUUAAAUUUUUGUUUAUUUAGAAGAAAACGAAAAUCUUCCGUUGAGGGCGAGGAUAAGUUUAAUAAAUUGUCAGAUGAAAUAAUUUUGAUAAUAUUAAAGUGGUUACCUAAGAAAUGUUUGGUACGCUCUAUGCUGGUGUGCAAACGUUGGUGCCAAAUAGCUCGAGAUGAAGCAUUGUGGACUAGAUUAGACUUGGGUAGUAAGGUUUUGAACGAGGGCACAUUAGGGCACAUAUUGCCGCGAAAAGUACAAAUUCUAAGACUGGCACAAGCGGAAAUCGCAGAUCCUAUCUUUUGCGAAGGCAGUCAAGUUCUCGGAGAUUCUUAUGAAAGUAAAUUACAGUACUUGGAUUUGUCUAUGGCAGUUAUAUCACCGGUCGGUUUGGCUGCGUUAUUAUCCAAAUGUAAAUAUCUGAAAAAGUUGUCGCUGGAAAAGUGUAUAUUAAAUAAAGAUUGCUGUAGAGCGAUUAGUCAAAACACUCAAUUAGAAGUCUUAAAUCUAACAAUGUGCGAGAAUAUAGACAUUGGAUGUGUUGUGGAUUUAAUGAAACUUCAAUGCUUAACUGCUCUCAGUUUGGCAUGGUGUUCUCUGGACAAUGAAUGUAUGGCUUUACUUUGUAAAACACUGCCAACGUCCAUUACACGUUUGAACAUAGCGGGUUGUAGGAAAACGAUGACUGAUGAAAAUUUAACGGACUUGUCGAAAAGGUGUCCGGAUAUUAUAGAAUUGGACUUGAGUGAUUGCGCUAUGCUUACGAUGCAGACUAUGCAUAAUUUACUAAACUUUUCGAAGCUUGAGCACUUGUCGUUGAGCCGUUGUUACAGCAUUCCGCUACCAGCAUAUGGAAGAUUAGCUCAAAUGCCACGUUUAUUGUAUUUAGACGUUUUCGGUUUGAUGUCGGAAUCUGUGCUCAAAUCAUUACAAGCUUCCUGCCGCGAACCCGAAAUUAACAAGUACCUUUAUAGUUCGGUCGCAAGGCCAACAGUCGGUAUUCGAAGAACCAGUAUUUGGGGCCUUCGAGUUAGAGAUUGAAUUUACUAUAUAGACCAUAACGUCAUCGAUUUACGAGGAAUAGAUUUGACCAAAGGGUAAUAUCUAUAUUGCAUCUUUCUAUACAGACUGAAUAUUGUACUGAUAAAAAAAAAGAAAUUUAAUUUCAAAGAAAGAGAUAACGUAGACGUUUGAGUCAAACAUGCGUUCUUUUGAAUUUGUUGAAUUGUUGCUCAGGUGUAUAGAAUUCUAUAUAUAUAUAUAUAUAUACAGAGUGUUUCAAACAUCAAUGGUAGACUUCUAAAAUCAUUUUGAGAUGAAAACUCCAAUUCCAAAAUGUUCCUAGGAAUCUGCUUGAAUCUAAAACGUCCUAUAUACAUAUUUCUAAUACAAAAAAUUUGCUGAUAAAUAUCUAAAUAACUAUUAACAUGUCAAGCUAUGUAUUUCGGCUGUGCGAGUUCGGUUUACUUACAAUUUUUCAUCGUGGUACAUAUAUUUAUAUAUUGAAUUUUGCCAAGUCUUAUGUUGCUGUAAUUUUUACUGCUAAAGAUCUCAGAAAACGAAGUAAUGGCCAGAUAUACUGCCGUGUAGUAUUUACAUCGAAGAGAAUCAUAAAACGUGAAAGCUCAAAUUUACAAUGCGUUUGUGAUAAAACUCAAUGCUUAAUAUUUGUCUAAUAAUCGUAUAAGCCAAUUAUUUUGUUGUGCAUACAAUAAAAUUUCUUGAACUAAU